GGGGGUUAGGUUUCUGCUGAAAUUUAGCCCCGCCCUUGAGGGUUUAAAAACCGCAGCGCGAAACACCACUUGGUUAUUUGAUCAUCGGGAUUCACACGCGGAGAAAGGUAUAUCCAGACUUGGUACCCUUGCUUUAAAAAAAAAUCCCGUUCUUCAAAUCCCAUAAUCAUGGGCAAGGAGAAGACUCACAUCAACAUUGUGGUGAUUGGGCACGUGGACUCGGGGAAGUCAACCACCACAGGCCACCUCAUCUACAAAUGUGGAGGCAUAGACAAGCGCACCAUAGAGAAAUUUGAGAAGGAGGCAGCAGAGAUGGGAAAAGGCUCCUUCAAAUAUGCCUGGGUGCUGGACAAGCUGAAAGCUGAGAGGGAGAGGGGGAUCACGAUUGACAUCUCCCUGUGGAAGUUUGAGACCAGCAAGUACUACAUCACCAUCAUCGAUGCCCCCGGCCACAGGGACUUCAUCAAGAACAUGAUCACUGGGACCUCUCAGGCCGACUGUGCAGUACUGAUUGUGGCAGCCGGCGUGGGUGAAUUUGAAGCCGGCAUCUCCAAGAAUGGGCAGACCCGUGAGCAUGCCCUGUUGGCCUACACCUUGGGAGUGAAGCAGCUCAUCAUUGGGGUGAACAAGAUGGACUCCACGGAGCCCCCUUACAGCAGCAAGCGCUUCCAGGAGAUCACCAAGGAAGUGAGUGCCUACAUCAAGAAGAUUGGCUAUAAUCCAGCUACCGUGGCCUUUGUGCCCAUCUCUGGGUGGCAUGGAGACAACAUGCUGGAGCCCAGCAGUAAUAUGCCGUGGUUCAAGGGCUGGAGCAUCACCAGAAAGGAAGGCAAUGCCUCUGGCACCACUUUGCUGGAAGCUCUGGAUUCCAUCAUCCCUCCUUCCCGCCCUGUCAACAAGCCCCUUCGUUUGCCCCUGCAGGAUGUCUAUAAGAUUGGUGGCAUUGGCACGGUCCCAGUGGGCAGGGUGGAAACUGGAUUCCUGAAGGCUGGCAUGGUGGUCACCUUUGCCCCGAGCAACAUCACCACGGAGGUGAAGUCUGUGGAAAUGCACCACGAGGCGCUGGCAGAGGCUGUGCCAGGAGACAACAUUGGGUUCAACGUGAAGAACGUGUCGGUGAAAGACAUCCGCCGUGGGAAUGUGGCUGGAGACAGCAAGAACGACCCUCCCAUGGAGGCAGGCAACUUCAUAGCCCAGGUGAUCAUCUUGAACCAUCCAGGCCAGAUCUCGGCAGGCUACACCCCAGUGCUGGAUUGCCACACAGCCCAUAUCUCCUGUAAGUUUGCUGAGCUGAGGGAGAAGAUUGAUCGCAGGUCUGGCAAGAAGCUGGAGGAUAACCCCAAAGCUCUGAAGUCUGGAGAUGCGGCCAUUGUCCAGAUGAUCCCUGGCAAGCCCAUGUGUGUGGAGAGCUUCUCUGAAUAUCCCCCUCUUGGUCGUUUUGCUGUUCGGGACAUGAGACAGACGGUGGCCGUGGGCGUCAUUAAGUCUGUGGAGAAGAAAGCUGGUGGGGCAGCCAAAAUAACCAAGUCUGCUAUGAAGGCCAGCAAGAAGUGAAGAGUUUUGUGUUUCGUUUUUCCUCCUAAAGUAUCAACAGUUGCCUUUGGGCUCUUUUCAAUCCCUGACUUGAAGCCUGAGCUUACUCAUACUAGACUGAUGGCCGAGCCCUGAAAUGCAUUGGAAGAAGAUCUUGAAGGAAACUGGAGUCUGGUCACUGCUUUUGGGUGGUGGGUUAAAAGCCUUAAUUUAAAAAAAUAAAGAAAUAAUUUGCAUCUUAA